CAUGGGAAUAAAAUCUAAUUUUCUUAAAAUAAUUACAGCUCUUUCUUUUAGCUAUAGGCUCCUUUAGACUUUUGGUCCAUUCUAGCUAGGCUUCCAUGUUUUAACCUAGGUUGUACUUAAAAAAGCAAAGGCCAGACCAACAAAGAAAAGCAAAGCCCAGCUAUUCAGUAGAGCCGAACCAGGAUCCGACACCUUGUUCAAGAUCAUAAGAUCGAAUAUUCCAUCCAUGGUGGGAGGAAUAUCAUCCAUUCUAAUCCAGACAAAAGGUCAAGUCCCACUGUACAAGUAACCCCAACAGCAAUGGCCGUCACGUGAUCCGCACAUGAUUUCAUCCCCUUUCCUUCCCCUUCAAUUUCUGCACCAUUUCUGGCCUUGUGCACGAGUAAGAUCACUUCCUAAGCUUUUCUUUCACAUGAUGAAGAAGGCAGAUGCAUAUCAACAUGUUCUACAUGCACAGCUUCAGUUACAAAUGGUAACUAUUCAAGGAGUUACCAUAAACUCUUCACUCAUGAAUAAAUUGCAGAAACCAGACCAAAGAAGAAUGAGAAAGAAUCGAAUGAAGAGGAACAGAUGGAUAGUCCUAGUUACAUUACCCUCCCUCUUGCUAUUCAUCAUCUUCUUCAAUGUACAGUACUUUCUAAAGCCUCCACCACCAAAUCCUUCCUCCAAAUUAUCCACCAUGUACCCUAAUCAAACCCAAUUCAGCCUCAUGAUCGGGAUUCUAACCCGGGCCGACAACUACGACCGCCGCCACUUCCUCCGCCUCAUCUACGGCAUCCAGUCAUCUCCUCUUGCCACCAUCCACGUCAAGUUCGUCUUCUGCAGCCUCACAAAACCCGAGCAGCGUGUCCUAAUCGCCCUCGAAAUGCUUCGUUUCGAUGACAUCCUCAUUCUCAACUGCACUGAGAACAUGAACAGCGGCAAAACCUACACCUACUUCUCCUCGCUCCCCCAACUCCUCCGGCGAAAAUACGACUACGUAAUGAAGGCAGACGACGACGUUUUCAUCCGGCUUGAGCCACUUGCCUUGUCGCUCAAGGCACUGCCUAGGGUGGAUUUUUAUUAUGGAUUUGUUAUCCCUUGUGCUAGCAUGAAUCCCUUUGUGGAGUACAUGUCCGGGAUGGGGUUUUUGUUGUCGUGGGAUUUGGUGGAGUGGAUUGGAAGCUCUGAAAUUCCCAAGGAGAGUGUGUUUGGUCCCGAGGACAAGUUGGUCGGAAAAUGGUUGAAGAUGGGAAACAAGGCGAAGAACAGGUUUAGUAAUAAGCCGGCCAUGUAUGAUUAUCCGGGAACAAAUGGGAGGUGCUCGCAUGAGCUUAUACCGGAGACGGUGGCUGUUCAUAGGCUCAAGAGGUGGGAUCAGUGGUUGCGUGUGCUUGAAUAUUUCAAUGUAACGAAGGGAUUAAAUCUCUAGUUUUUAAAACCAUUCACGUGAUGUGGACUAAGGUUUAAGUAGUUUGUAAAUUCAAUUGUAUCACAACCAU